AUGUCAGCUUGGAUAUUACUGCUCACUGUGGGUGUGUCUGUCCUGGGACUGUCCUGGGGUCAGCGAACUGAACCCAUGUUUGCCUCAGUAACUCAGAAUGUUUUCCCACCGGACUAUGAGAAUAACCCUACGCAGCUCAACUACGGCGUGGCUGUCACUGACGUGGAUGGAGACGGAGAUCUGGAGAUGUUUGUGACAGGCUACAAUGGCCCAAAUCUGGUGUUGAAGUAUGACAAGUUUAAGAAGAGGCUUGUUAACAUUGCGGUUGACAACCGCAGUUCUCCAUAUUAUGCACUCAGAGAUCGACAGGGCAAUGCCAUCGGAGUGACAGCAUGUGACAUAGAUGGUGAUGGCAGAGAGGAAAUUUACGUCCUUAACACUAAUAACGCCUUCUCAGGGAGAGCAACGUACACUGACAAGCUCUUUAAGUUUCGUAAUGGGCGGUUUGAGGAUCUCCUGAACGAUGACAUAAAUGAACAUAGGGACGUUGCCAAUCGCGUGGCUGGCCGGUCAGUCGCAUGUGUGGACAGAAAGGGAACAGGCCGUUAUUCCAUCUACAUUGCCAAUUAUGCCAGCGGAACUGUAGGUCCACAUGCUCUGAUUGAAAUGGAUGAAAGCUCAAGUGACCCUUCCAAGGGAAUCAUUGCACUUUCAAACGUGGCUGAGCAGGCCGGAGUCAACAAGUUCACAGGGGGACGGGGGGUCGUGGUCGGUCCCAUCCUCAGUCAGACCCUACCUGAUAUUUUCUGUGACAAUGAGUACAGCCCUAACUUCCUGUUUCGCAACAACGGAGACGGUACAUUUACAGAUGUGGCAGCACAAGUGGGGGUUGAUGACCCGAUGCAGCAUGGCCGUGGAGUGGCGUUAGCAGAUUUUAAUCGGGAUGGGAAGACUGACAUUGUCUAUGGAAACUGGAAUGGGCCGCAUCGUCUGUUCCUACAACUCAGCAAUAAUCGCAAGCAAAGGUUUAAGGACAUCGCCACACAGAAGUUUUCCAUGCCAUCUCCUGUUCGCACUGUCAUCACAGCUGACUUUGAUAAUGACAAUGAACUGGAGGUUUUUUUCAACAACAUUGCCUACAGAGGACCAUCAGCCAACAGACUGUUCAGAGUUUCUCGGAGAGAACACGGAGAUCCACAGAUCGAGGAGCUGAACGUCGGGGAGGCCGCCGAACCAGAGGGACGGGGAACCGGAGCAGCUGUGACUGAUUUUGAUGGAGAUGGACAGCUGGAUCUUCUGGUGACGCACGGGGAAAGUGCAGCUCAACCCAUCUCGGUGUAUCGAGUCACUCAGGGCUCAUCUAAUAAAUGGCUGCGUGUGAUUCCACGCACACAGUUUGGGGCUUUUGCGCGUGGGGCAAAGGUGAUAGUCUACACCAAGCGAAACGGCCCUCACAUGCGCAUUAUAGAUGGAGGAUCAGGGUACUUGUGCGAGAUGGAGCCAGUGGCUCACUUUGGACUCGGGAAAGAUGUGGCCACCAGUGUGGAAGUGUUCUGGCCAGAUGGACGUUCUGUGGCGAGAGCUCUGGAGCCCAGCGAGAUGAACAAAGUGAUGGAGAUCUAUUACCCUGAGAAUGAGGAAGAGGCGACCCAAGUGGUGGAGAUCGAGUGUGGACCAGGAUUUGAGGUCAAUGAAAAUGGCCGUUGCACUGACCAAGACGAGUGCACACAGUUCCCGUCUGUCUGUCCCUCUGAGCGACCCGUCUGCACCAACACCUACGGGAGCUUCAAGUGCCGUGCAAACAAGAGGUGUAACCAGGGAUACGAGCCUAAUGACGAAGGGACAGCAUGUGUAGCCCAGGUGGCUUAUUUUGGAGGAAACAGAUCCUCAGCCUUCAAGCUCUUGGCUUCCCAUCUUUGGCCUCUCGUACUAACUCUUCUCACUGUCUUUACUGCUUGCUUGGAGGCAUGAAGGGCAGUGCCUCCCCUCUCCUGACAUCUCUUCCACCCUGCUUGGUCUCCGAUUCUCUGCUUUCCUUUCAUUUUCGCACUGAGGUGUUUGGGAGUCAGCUGUAAAAUGAACUCUCCAUGGAUCUGUCGCUCUUGCAGUGUCGUCACUA